GGGGUCGCCUGAGCAGUGAGCUGCAGGAACGAUUGCAUCAGAAAAGGCGUGCUCGCAAAUAAAUACAUCGGAUAUCAUCUAUGGCGCCAUAAUGUACACAGACAAAUUGGCAUAGUUAUAUCGGAUGUAAACUUUUGAUUACGCGUGUCAGACAAACAAAUUCAAUCAACCAGUGAAUUUCUCAGGUUACAGCCAUGGCAGGGAAUGACGAAGGAACACCCAAUCUGGCUCAGUCUCAGCCGACCGCUGCGGGAUCUACGAGCGACCCCAACCCCGCAGCUUCCGGGGCCGGUGCGGCUGGACAAGCCGUUGAGAAGACAGAGGCUCAGCUGAAAAAAGAAGCGAAAAAGGAGGCACAAAGACAGGCAAAGCUGGAGAAGUUCAAACAAAAACAAGAAAAGCAAGCUCAACAGGAAAAUAAAAGUGGAGAGGGCAAGAAGGAUAAGAAGAAGAAAGAAAAAGUUGCAAUAACUUAUGACAAAAAUAUUCCACCUGGAGAGAAAAAAGAUGUGAGUGGAACCCUCCCUGAUUCCUACAGCCCUGCCUAUGUAGAAGCUGCUUGGUAUUCAUGGUGGGAAAAACAGGGCUUCUUCAAGCCAGAAUAUGGAGGUAGAGAUUUGACAAAUCUGAAGAAGGAGGAUCUUUUCAUGAUUUGUAUUCCUCCUCCCAAUGUGACCGGGUCUCUUCAUCUCGGCCACGCCCUGACGAAUGCCGUUGAAGAUGCCCUCACAAGAUGGAACCGCAUGAAGGGCAAGGUAUGUCUGUGGAAUCCUGGAUGCGAUCACGCAGGCAUUGCUACUCAGGUGGUCGUGGAGAAGAAGCUGUGGAGAGAGAAGAAGCUCACAAGACACGAUCUCGGCCGAGAGAACUUUGUAGAGGAGGUCUGGAAGUGGAAACAUGAGAAAGGAGGAAGGAUCUAUGAUCAGCUGAGAACCCUUGGCUCAUCAAUGGACUGGGACAGGGCCUGUUUCACCAUGGACCCCAAGCUCUACAACGCUGUCCAGGAAGCGUUCAUACGGAUGCAUCAGAACGGCACCAUCUACCGGAGCAACCGUCUCAUCAACUGGUCCUGUACCCUCAAGUCUGCCAUCUCCGACAUCGAAGUAGAGAAGAAGGAAUUGACUGGGAGGACCUAUCUCUCUGUGCCUGGCUAUGAAGAGAAAGUUGAAUUCGGGGUCUUAGUAGAAUUUGCCUACAAGGUUCAAGAUUCUGAUGAGGAGCUGGUUGUUGCGACAACUCGUAUUGAGACGAUGUUGGGUGAUACCGCCGUCUCCGUCCAUCCGGAUGAUGACCGUUACAAGCAUCUACACGGGAAGCGGGUCAUUCAUCCAUUCAGGAACUGCUCCUUGCCCAUCCUAUGCGAUGACUUUGUUGAAAUGGGCUUCGGAACAGGUGCUGUGAAGAUCACACCAGCCCACGAUCACACUGAUUACCAGGUUGGCAAGCGUCACAAUCUUGAAUUCCUCAAUGUCAUUGAUGAUGAUGGUAACAUCACAGAAGUUGGUGGACAGUUCAAGGGAAUGAAGAGGUUUAACGCAAGACGAGCUGUCUUAGAAGCACUGAAGGAGAAAGAUCUCUACAGAGGCACAAAGCCAAACCCUAUGGUGGUGCCAACGUGCAGUCGUUCCAAAGACAUCGUAGAACCCUUACUGAAGUCUCAGUGGUUUGUUGACUGUCGGGAAAUGGCUAGACGAGCAGUAGAAGUAGUAGAGAACAACACACUGAAGAUCGUCCCUGAGAUGCACAAGAAGACGUGGUAUUCUUGGCUCAAUAACAUCAGGGAUUGGUGUAUCUCAAGACAGCUGUGGUGGGGACAUCGUAUCCCAGCAUACUUUGUGACAAUCAACGACCCGGGUGUUCCUGUAGGAGAUGAAACUGAUAACAACUAUUGGAUCUCCGCCCUGACUGAGGAGGAGGCCAGGCGGAAAGCUGCAGAACGCUUCAAGGUCACAGAGGACAAAAUAACCCUCAAACAAGAUGAAGAUGUCUUGGAUACCUGGUUCUCCUCGGGAUUAUUUCCAUUCUCCAUUUUUGGAUGGCCCAAUCAGACUGCUGAUCUGAAGUCCUUCUACCCCGGCACGCUCCUAGAGACAGGCCACGACAUCUUAUUCUUCUGGGUGGCCAGGAUGGUGAUGAUGAGUCUGACCCUCAACGACGUCCUCCCGUUCACGGAGGUCUACCUGCAUGCCAUGGUACGGGAUGCGCAUGGAAGGAAGAUGAGCAAGUCCCUCGGCAAUGUGAUCGAUCCUGUUGAUGUCAUCAAGGGGAUUACCCUUGAGGAGCUACACAGGAUCCUGGAGCAGGGUAACCUGGAUCCCAGGGAGGUGGAGAAGGCCAAGAAGGGUCAGAAGGAGGACUAUCCUAACGGGAUCCCGGAGUGUGGUACAGACGCCCUCAGGUUUGCCCUCUGCGCCUACACCUCACAAGGUCGCGACAUCAAUCUUGACGUCCUACGUGUACAAGGCUACCGUUUCUUCUGCAACAAGAUGUGGAAUGCUACAAAGUUUGCCAUGAAGACGCUCGGAGAUAACUUUGUUCCAAGCCCCGCCUUUGAGUUGAGUGGCAGUGAGACACCUACAGAUAUGUGGAUCUUGAGUCGGUUAUCAUCAGCUAUUAAGGUCUGCGAGGAUGGCUGGCCGGUAUAUGACUUCCCUGCCAUCACUACAGCAAUCUAUGCCUUCUGGCUCUAUGAUCUAUGCGAUGUCUACUUGGAAUAUACCAAGCCGCUGCUCCUGACCCCUGAUGCGCCCCACCUGGGCGUGGUCCGCCAGAUCCUCUACACCUGUUUAGAUACUGGUCUUCGUCUCAUCAGCCCCUUCAUGCCUUUCAUCUCGGAGGAACUCUUCCAGAGGCUACCAAGGAGGACCUCAAGUGAGCCCCCAAGCAUCUGUGUUACCCCUUACCCUCUUGCCGUAGAUCACCCCUGGUCCAAUCAGUCUCUUGAGAAGGAUGUAGAGUUUGUUCAGAGUAUUAUCAACAAAGCUAGAUCAAUGAGGUCAGACUAUCAACUCUCCAAGCAAAAGGCUGAAUUAUACUUGAAAUGCUCCGACCAAGACAUUGCCACACUGCUAACGCCGUACACAGACACCAUACAAACACUGACCACGUCCUCAAAGGUCACUCUCCUGGUCAAUGAUGCACUUCCGGUUGGUUGCGCCAUGGCAACCGUCUCCGACAAGUGUGAGGUUCACUUGCUACUCAAGGGUUUGGUAGAUCCCAGCAAAGAGCUGGCCAAGCUGAACCAACGCCAGACUAAUCUGACCAAUCAGAAGGACCGUCUUCAGAAGGCAAUGGACGUUGAUGGCUAUCAGACCAAGGUCCCACAGAAGGUCCAGGAGUCCAAUUCAGAAAAGCUAUCCCAGACUGUGAAUGAGAUCGAGACUAUAACAGAAGCUAUUCGGAUGUUUGAAUCUCUAUCAACUUCAUAACCCAUGACGUGCUGUCGAUAUUAUAUCUGAUGCAAUUUAGUUUAGAAUUAAGAUGUAUUCCAGGUCAAUCUCUAUUUUUAUUUUAUUCAAUGUGAAUAUCAUAAUGACAGAUACUUGUACAUUAAGGAAAUAAAACACAACAAGCACUUCCGGAAAUUCACCCAAAUACAUGUAUACUUAUAUUGCCACUCUAAAAGUUUUCAAAAGACUGUUUUGUGAGCAUUUUAGUGGUGUUAUACUUGAUGACUUGUAAUGCGAAUUAUCCCAUUUGUGACUUGUGUUGAGACAGUACGCUUGGAAAUGUUUCAGCAGUUGUUGAUACAAAGACUGCAUGUCAUAAUUAUAACUUUAUAUUAUUGGCAAGCUCCGUGCUAUUUGUACUGUUAUAAGCCACUGAAAUCCUGCAGUUCGAUUGGUAGAAAGGGAAUUUCCCAAAUAAUCCUAGCAUAUAGUAUUGAUAACAAUUUUUAUAAAACGGGGUCCAAUCUGUGUUGUUAGAAUGAUUUAAUGUUUGCUUUUCAUUGGCUGGGAGCAGUCCUGUUGUACAAUGGUUCCUCUUUCACACCGACUUUCUUUUAGAAUAAAAUGGGGGCCAGAAGCUGGCCGAAAAUCAUGUGUUUAAUUAUUAAGAGGUAUGUUGUGUACUCUGUACGAUUCCUCGGAAGAGAGCCUAGCGAAAUUGUUCGUUUUAAAUUAAUGUACAGGUUACGAAUUUAAAACAUAGAUAUUACUCAUCAUCUUAUACAUCUAAGUGUGAUUUUGAAUUCUGCCCUUAUCUUUCUAGAAGGUAUAACUACUUAUGAUAUAUGCCAAAUGUGGCAGGAUACAACUUUUUUUUUUUUAACAUUGUUUAUUUCUUCAAUUGGUGUCUGUUUCAUACCAUGGAAACCUUGAAUUUGAUCAAUUAAGCACUGUUACCAUGGUAGUUACCAUUAAACUGUAACAACAUAAAGGGUCCGUAAUCACAAGUCCUCAGUCAUCUUAUGUUUACCAUCGACUUGUGAAUGAAGUCACUCUAGAGGUUGAAUGUAUAUAUAACAUGGCGUAAUUUCCUUCAGCAAGAAACUGAUCCACAGUGUGCUGCACUCAACCCAGGUGAGGUAAAUGGGUACCGGUAGGAAGUAAUUCCUUAAAAAGCUGUGUGCGCUAUGAACGCCUAGCUUAGCCGGGUAAUAUAGGAGCGCCUUGAGCACCUAACAAGGUGGAUAUGUGCGCAAUAUAAACAACCUACCGGGUAUAUUAUUAUUAUAACGAAGUGUUUGGGUAGGGAAUAUACCAGAAGGUUCUUAAGUGCAAUUCUGUGCAGUAAGUCCGAUGUCAUGUGACCAUUUAAAGAAGAAUUUUAUGAUAGGACCAAUGAGUUACUGGUGUUCUAGGGGUCGGUAAUUUGCCGGUAUUCAUGCUUAUAGAAGUAUUGAUGAAAUAACGACAAGACAAUGCCACACUUGAUGCGUUGAAUAUGGCAUGCAACUACAUGUAGGAAUCUAGGUACAACUUUAAUCGUCCGGUUUAAUCAAUUCCUACGUGAAACUCUCCCCUCAAUGCGUACUUGUAUGAGCAAGCAUGCAAGAUCAAAUUGUCUGUUUGACAAUCAUUUCAUUCCAGUGUUUUAUAAUUUCUCGGUGGAUGGGAUAUUUUUCUUUGGUGGCGGUUUGAUCGAUAAAAAUAUUUAUAUAUCUGUUGUUCUGCCUUUUUUUUUAAUGAAUGCAUGUACUUGUUUAUACAUCAUCAUAGUACAAUGCGUUAGAGGGUGCAUACUCAUGCGUUGCAGUAUUUCAAAUGGCAGAAAUUGUUGCAAUCAUUCAUGAAGUAGUUUUAAGAAUAACUUUUUGAGUUAUAUAUUUGCCCUUGAGAAAGAGGAAGUAGACAUCCAUUCUCAUAUUUGCUUGGACAGAAGGUAAGCAGAAAAACGAAGAAUAGACAAAUCACUACUGCAGGGGCCGCGGAACCGGGGUGGCUGGGGGGGCUGAAGCCCCCCCACUUUUUUCCAAAAGCGUGUACAAAAACGUAAAAAUUACCAUAUGAUUGUGAUUUUUAGCAUGGUCAGCCCCCCCCCCCCCCACUUUGGGCUCGGCCCCCCCACUUUGAAAACCGUUCCGCGGCCCCUGUACUGGAAUGUUAGACUGUCAAUAUGAAGGACUACAAAUAUAUUCUAAAGAUUUCCACUAUGCUUAAUAACUACUUUAACCAUCUAUAAUUUACCUGCGAUCUGGUCAAUUCCAACUAUGGAAAGCCACCAAGGUCAACAUUUAAAAUGCAUGUUUGUUCAAAAUAUAUUCGAGAUAUAAUGUAAAAUAAUACAUCCACAGUUUUCUUCAAAAUUCAAUAGGCAUCUCUCUUUGUUUACAAAGGAUAUUGUGCACAUUUCCUUGAGAAACAAUUAUGACGUUGAUGGAUCUCCAUAUACUUCAGGUUGAUAAGGACAAUCAUAACUCUGUGUAAGUCGGGCCCAGCUAUUUUAAAUAUGAAGGAUAUAAUCUGAAUUUUGACCAUUCAGAGCUCUCACUUUAUUAUGAUUUUUUAAAUGUUUUUCUUCAUGAUUUCCUACACACUUCUAUAGGAAAUAUUAUGGGUGUUUCCCUAUUUUUUAGCAACUUCAUCCCGUUAUUUUUUCUUAAGGAGAAAGUACCAGCAUGUAGCAACAACUUGCUUUUUAACAAGUGUAGAUGUGAUGAAAAUAAUUUUUGCCCUUGCUAAUUACUCCUCCAAAAAAACUCUAUCAAGAACCCGACCAAAAACAUGCAUGAUUCACAAUCUGAAAGGGCCAAAAUUAUGCUCAGAUUAUCAAUUUUGGAGUUAUUGUUACUAUUAAUUAUUUUCAUGAAUUUAAAUAAAGAAGGUAAAAUUUUUAUUGACAGAAUUUGCAACAAUUUGGAUACAUUUGCUACUCUUAAUUUUCCAGCAAUUAUGAACGGUUUAGUUUCAAAGCUUUUAGAAUUAUUUUAGCAAUGACCCAGUGAAAGAAAAUUGUUAGUUUUAUUAUGUUAAAAUUUGUGAUUAAUUUUACUCUAAAAUGUAUCUUGUCCGGGGAGAGUAUGUAAUUCAGCUUUGUUUCAAUAAAGAGAAAUAAACCUUUUUUAAAGUAUAUGUUGCACUUCAAACAGGAUACACAUGCUAGGUAUAUACACCAUCCCCAAACCUGAAUAUGCCUACUUUUAUUUCAUUUUAAAAUAAUAUGAAACAUCAAGCACACCCCACCAAUAAGUUGACCUGAACCAUAAAAAGAAAAAUGCCACAUGACCAAACACUGAUAUCUUCAAUAAAAAAGGGUUGUGUUUCAGUAAAUGAAAUAAAUUAUAAUUUUGAUUUCUGUAUAACUUGUUGUUAGGGUGACCGUAUCCUUUAAUUAUUACAAGGGUUAAGUAUUUUGAGCUCAUUUCUACAUGUUGUAGAGAUAGGAUUAGUUGUACAUUAUUAUACUAUGGGUAUAAUAUUGUCUUAUGUGCUUCAAUCUUUUGUCAUUUUGCCUCAAUAUUAACAGAUUUCAUAUCUAUUUGAAAUGUAUUAUCUUAUGAUGAAUACAUUAAAUAUGCUUAUUUCAAAUGA